GAUUUUGGAUUUCUGUUAAAAGUUGAGGUUUUGUUUUCUGAUCUUGAGCUCUACUUAUAAAAAAUGGCGAAUUUAGCGUCACUACUGUACGACCAGCUCAAGGUUGCGGAACCGUUUUUCUUGUUGGCUGGUCCAAAUGUGAUCGAAUCCGAAGAACAUGUUCUUCGAAUGGCUAAAAGCAUCAAAGAUAUUUCUACGAAGCUUGGAUUGCCUCUGGUUUUCAAGUCAAGUUUCGAUAAAGCUAACAGAACUUCAUCAAAGUCCUUCCGAGGUCCUGGCAUGCCUGAAGGUCUCAAGAUUCUGGAGAAGGUGAAAGUAGCAUAUGAUCUACCAAUCGUAACUGACGUUCAUGAAUCGAGCCAGUGUGAAGCGGUCGGCAAGGUUGCAGAUACAGAUCUUCUGGUUGCGGCAGCCCAAACUGGGAAAAUUAUCAACAUAAAGAAAGGACAAUUUUGUGGUCACUCUGUCAUGAGAAACUCGGCUGAGAAGGUUAGACUCGCAGGGAAUCCAAAUGUGAUGGUUUGUGAAAGAGGAACCAUGUUUGGAUACAAUGAUUUAAUAGUAGAUCCACGAAAUUUGGAAUGGAUGAGGGAAGCUGAUUGUCCCGUUGUUGCUGAUAUAACUCAUUCAUUACAACAACCUGCAGGCAAGAAGUUAGAUGGUGGGGGUGUUGCUAGUGGAGGCCUUCGCGAAUUAAUACCAUGCGUUGCAAGAACAGCCGUAGCUGUUGGAGUCGACGGAAUUUUCAUGGAGGUGCAUGAUGAUCCUUUGAAUGCACCAGUCGAUGGCCCAACACAAUGGCCUCUGCGUCAUCUAGAAGAACUGCUAGAAGAGCUCAUUGCAAUCGCGAGUGUCACAAAGGGGAAACAGCAGUUCCAAAUCGAUCUCACGCCUUAUCGUGAUUAGAAUCAAAGUGUGUAUUAGCCAGGUGAGUGACCGAUAAAUCAAGAUAGAAAUGAUGAACUCUCCUUGUUUUCUCAUCAUUUGCAGAUUAUUUUUCUGCAUUUUGCAGGUCUCGUCACUUUGGGUGCGCAACUACAACUUGGUAAUAUUUCAAUCUUGUCGGAGCAAUAAGCAUUAUUUGUUUGU